AUGGCGGUGUUUCUCGAUCCCGAUACUAAGCGUCGUAUGCCAUUGAAUUGUGAGCUUGUACUUGACCUACUUAAUAACGGGGAAUGCUCGGAUAUUGAUAUCGAUGAGGCCGACGAGGAUUUUUGUCCACAACCAGGUGCUACUGAAGAUGAUGCCCAUGAAAAGGAAUCUCCUCUCUCACCAGACUCAAAAAAGAGUUAUUCUAGUUUAGUUCGUAAAGACCAUGAAGGUGAUGGUCCAUCAAAAACAAAUAAACAGAAGAAAUGUAGGAAAUUCAAAAAGAAACCUAAACAAAACACACAAUUAAAAGUUAAGAUUGGACAACGUCGACGCAUUUGA